AGAGAUUCCUAACCCUCCAUUGGUGACCGGGACAGGACGGCCGAAAGCCGUAAACUAGUCCAGGUUCAUACUACAAGGCACUGUUUAACAGGGGAAAUCCCCACCGCUUCUCUGCUUUGCUCGCACUUGCACACACGCCGCGGCAGGCUUAAACCCCGGCGAUUCCCCACUCAAUUUCCCGGGAGCCCUUCCGCCGGAUCCGACCGUCCGCACACGCCAGUCAGGCAGCCAUGGCCGCCGCCGCCACGGCGGAGGAGGGGGGGUUCCGCCCGCUCGACGAGGCCUCCCUGGUGGCCUACAUCCGGGCCACCCCGGCCCUCGCCGCCAGUCUCGGCGGCCGCGUCGACGCGCUCACCGUCAAGGAGGUCGGCGACGGCAACCUCAACUUCGUCUACAUCGUCCUCUCCGACGCCGGAUCCGUCGUCGUCAAGCAGGCGCUGCCGUACAUCCGCUGCGUGGGGGACUCGUGGCCGAUGACGAGGGAGCGGGCCUACUUCGAGGCCUCGACGCUGCAGGAGCACGGCCGCCUCUGCCCGGACCACGUCCCGGAGGUCUACCACUUCGACAGGGCCAUGUCGCUCAUCGGGAUGCGCUACAUCAAGCCGCCACACAUCAUCCUCCGCAAGGGGCUCGUCGCCGGCGUCCAGUACCCGCUUCUCGCCGAGCACAUGGCGGAGUACAUGGCCAGGACUCUCUUCUUCACCUCCCUCCUCUACAACUCCACCACGGAUCACAAGGCGAAAGUUGCUCAGUACUGUGGGAACAUCGAGAUGUGCAGGCUCACGGAGCAAGUCGUGUUCUCCGACCCGUACAUGGUCGCCAAAUACAAUCGCUGGACCUCGCCUUUUCUCGAUGAAGAUGCCGAAGCUGUUCGAGGGGAUGACGAGCUGAAGUUGGAAAUUGCUGAAUUGAAGUCAAUAUUUAUCGAGAGAGCACAGGCUCUGAUUCAUGGAGAUCUCCAUACUAGUUCCAUCAUGCUGACCACAGAUUCCACUCAAGUGAUUGAUCCGGAGUUUGGUUUCUAUGGGCCAAUGGGUUACGACGUUGGGGCCUUCUUGGGGAACCUGAUUCUGGCAUACUUUGCGCAGGAUGGGCAUGCUGAUCAAACAAAUGACCGUAAAGCUUACAAGGAAUGGAUAUUGAAGACCAUCGAAGAGUCAUGGAAUUUGUUCCAUAAGAAGUUUGUCGGACUGUGGAAUAAACACAAAGAUGGGAAUGGGGAGGCAUACCUGCCUGCCAUAUACAACAACCCGGAGCUUUUGAGCCUUGCACAGAAGAAGUACAUGACAGAUCUAUUUCAUGACAGUCUUGGGUUUGGUUCAGCCAAAAUGAUCAGGAGAAUAGUUGGGAUCGCUCACGUCGAGGAUUUCGAGUCAAUUGAGGAUGCCAGCAUGAGAGCAACAUGUGAGCGCCGUGCGCUUGAUUGCGCGAAGGCAAUCCUGAAAGGAAGACGCCAAUUCGAGGGCAUCGAGCAAGUGAUUGCGCAUGUCCAGUCAAUCACCCAUGACUGAGAAGACCAGCCAUCUGUUUGGUGUUUCCGGUUGAGGACACUCUUUUGUCAGUUAUCACGGUUAGCAACACCUUUGCCCAGCUAUCGGCGAACUGAAGCAGCAUUGGGCGGCUAUUUAUCUUUUCUGUACCGGGAUGGUGAGGAAACCUCCUUCAGAUCGAUAGCCCUCGAGACCAGCCUGCGUGUAAUUCUAGUGUGGAACCUUCCAGCAUAGGUGCUAGCUGAAUAAUGGCGAUGUAUGACAUAUAUCAUACGUUUAUACAUCCAUACAUGCAGUUGUGGGCUGCAACCAAUAAAACCCUGUUUGGAUUAGGUUUUCGCCAAGCAGUUUGUCUGUAUAACACCCUGUUGGUUUCUCGUGUGGAUUGCAUUUCCUUUCGGGGGGGAGCUUUGAGCAUAUUAAGCAGAUGAGAUUCCCGUGUGGUUCUGUAA